AUGAUUAAUUCGAUACGUGGUUCCACCUUACUCUUGGGCGCCUUGAGGCUCGCCACCUUGUGCAAUGCAAGCUUCAACUGGACCGAAACGAAAUAUGUGAUAGCCUUUGGCGAUUCAUAUUCUUUCGUCCAGGGUACUGCCGGCUAUCCAAGAUACUCCUUCAUCGGCUCCAUGCUUGAUGGACAGUUCGCCUUCUCAGCCUCGCAACUUCUCGACGACAGGAUCGUCCAGAACUUCACAGGCACGGCCGAGGGUGGACCAAAUUGGCUCGAGUAUCUCACCAACUGCGCCGUGGAGGAUGGGCAGUAUGCACCGGCCGACUGCCCAGUGCAGCUAUGGGACUUUGCCUUUGCCGGCGGCUUCAUUAGCAGCGAGUUCAUAUCGGGUGGCCGCGACUACACGAUACCCCUAGUCAACCAGACUCAGCAGUAUCUCACAUACGCGGACCCGGUGCUCGCCGAGUCGCCCGUCUCCAUGGACAAGAGCAAGGCCCUCGUGUCCAUCUGGAUUGGCAUCAAUGAUGUCCUCGAUAGCAAGUACAAGAAGCCGUUGCUCGAGUCGUAUGAGAGCUUCUGGACCCGGGAGUUGGAUGCCCUCUUUGCACAGAGUGUGACGGCCAUGCUCGCGGCCGGUUACCAGAACUUCCUAUUCCUCAACCUGCCGCCGUUGGAUCGUACGCCUGAGAACCAGCAAACGAAGCACAAGUAUCCAAACAAGAACGGUGUAGAUACGUGGUCCGAUUUGCUGUCAGAACGCAUUGAGUCCUUUCAACAAGAAAACGACGGCGUACAGGCGAUGCUCUAUGAUAUCAAUACCUUCCUGAACGGAGUCAUGGACGAUCCGACUGCUUACGGCAUAACCAACACCACCACGUACUGCGCAGGAUAUAAUCAUCCGGACGUCAUCACAAAUCCUGAAAAGUACGACUGUGCACCCCUAGACGAAUACUUUUGGUAUAAUAGCCUGCAUAUGACAUCGCAUACUCACAAGCUCGUGGCAGCCGAUUUGGCCGAUUAUCUGGAGAUCCAGUCAGCAUAA